AAAUUAUCAGCUGUUGUUGACUGCAGUGCAGGGAAAAUGCGAAAAGUUCUGAAAUAUUGUUUGCAUUUUACAAAUAGUUAUUAAUUUAGUCAACGCCAAAAUGCCUAUUAUGUAUAAUACUGGCGAAUGGUUCAAGGUGCGUCCGGACUACUACAGAAAAGUGGAACUGGAUACACCGGACUGGCCAUUGGAUAUUGAUUUGGAAUAUAUGCAAGUGGUGGCAGCCCCCUACGGAGGACCACUAGCAGCCAUUAGAGAUCCCUUGAAAUUGGUACCGGUAAAAGGUUCUUCACGGCCGAUGAUUCGCAUAUUUGACACUACCGGUCGGGAGACAGGCCACAUUCUGUGGAAUCAUGGCAAACUUAUUGCCAUGGGAUGGUCCGAUACCGAGGAACUAAUAUGUGUCCAGGAAAAUGCAAAGGUUUUUGUCUACGACAUGUUUGGCACUGAAAAGGAAUCAUAUACAUUUGGAGACGAGGCCAGCGUGACCAAGAUACUGGAAGCAAAGGUUUUUCAAUCAUCUGUGGGCACAGGAGUUGCCGUGUUGACGACUUCUGGACGAGUUUUCCUCAAGCACAAUAGCAAUAAAACGGAGCGCAAGCUGCCAGAUAUACCCAAUUCCCAUGUCGACUGCACUUGCUGGGAGAUUGUGACUGAGGGGCGUAACAGUUAUUGCCUCUUGGGCCGGGAGCGUGAGAUCAUCAAGCUAUUUCCAGGCGAAACAGUAGGCACCAUUAAAGAUAAUCUCUUUGAGAAACCCCAUGAUCGCAUUAUCAAGAUCUCUGUGUCGUAUAAUCAUCAACACUUGGCAUUGUACACCAACACAGGAUUGCUAUGGCUGGGCAGUGUGGAUAUGCGGCAAAAGUAUUGCGAAUUCGAUACAGGGCGCAAGGAUUUGCCAUUGCAAAUCGAAUGGAUUAUGAACACUGACAACACCGAAUCGGAUGCAGUUGUAAUCUCGUAUCCAUCGUUUUUGCUAAUUGUUAAUCGCAAUGCCGAUAGAAGUGACUUCCCCCAUGAUCCCUCCAUGUUUCUAGUGGCCGAAAUGGAUGGCGUACGGAUUAUCACUCAAAGUUCCCAUGAGAUGAUACAACGUUUGCCCAAAUGCGUGGAGAAUAUCUUUGCCGUGAAUAGCCAAGAGCCGGCGAGUUAUCUUUUUGAGGCGCAAAAGAAAUUUGAAGAGAAAUCCUAUAAAUCGGAUGAGUAUUUGAGUAUGUGCCGGGAAAAAAUCGGUUUGGCAGUUAAUCAAUGCAUUGAGGCGGCUUCCUACGAGUUUUGUACAGAAACUCAAAAGAGUUUACUCAGGACUGCUAACUUUGGCAAAGGUUUUAUCCAUGGCCACAAUCCUGACGAAUAUAUGCGUAUUAUGAGAAUUCUACGAGUUCUUAAUACAUUGCGCCACGAGAAAAUUGCCAUGCCACUGACAUUCAAGCAAUUUAGCCAUCUUAAUCCAGAGGUAAUACUCAGUCGUUUAGUAUUCCGCAAGCACUAUGGUGUUGCCAUACAAGUGGCCAAGCAUCUUAACUUGCCGGAGUCCUGGAUUUUGGAGCAUUGGGCCUAUCACAAAGUAAUGAAUGAUCACAACGAUAAUGAGGUGGCGCGUAAGAUUACAGAAAAGUUCAAGAAUCCAUCUGUCGAGGGCAUUUCGUUUUGCAAUAUUGCUGAGAAGGCUCAUCAAAAUGGUCGAGAUGAGUUGGCCAUCAAACUACUUGAGCUAGAGCCACGAGCAUUUUUGCAGGUGCCAUUGUUGCUUAAGAUGCGUAAAUUUGAUCGAGCCGUGGCCAGUGCCACGCAAUCCGGAGACACUGAGCUAAUAACCACAGUUUUACUCGAGAUCAAGAUGAACAUGAUGCUUUCAAAUUUACAUAUGACAAUACGCGACCACAAGUUGGCUUUGAAUAUGUACAAGAAGAUAAUGCGGGAAUCAAAUCGUGCUGCACUUUAUGGCAUCUACAAUGCCGAAGAUGACCAGAAAGCAAUUGCCGAAUAUCAUUUUGAGAAUGCAAUUGAAAGCGAAGGCCUCGAAUCGAAUUUGUCGCUGAUUGGUAAUAGUUAUACUCAAGGGCGUUGUCCCGUUGAAGCUGAACUGUGUGCAGAGACAAGUCGCAUGCUGAAAUUACAGAAGACAUUGUCAUCCAAGCAUGGUGUAGACUUUAAUGGUCUAUCAAUACAUAAUACCAUUAGCAAUCUUCUGAAAUUGGGCGACCUAAAGGAGGCGGAGAAAGUAAAAAAUGAUUACAAGGUACCAGAUCGUCGAUUUUGGUGGCUUCGAAUACUAACUAUGGCCGAGUUUUCACAUUGGGAUCAAUUGGAGAAGUUUGCCAAAAGCAAGAAAAGCCCCAUUGGCUAUGAGCCGUUUGUGGAGGUUUGCGUGAAGCACAAAAACAAGGUGGAGGCUCAGAAAUACAUACCACGCUGCCGAGAGACGCGCAAAGUGCAUUGGUAUAUGCAGGCGGAAUUAUUUGAACAAGCUAUUGAUUGCGCAUACGAACAAAGAGAUCUGCAUAGUCUACAUGAGUUAAAGAAGAAGGAUAGUAUACUCAAUGAUCCCAAUUUACUUGAUAAACUUCUCAAGUAUAUAGCUCAGCAACAUUCCUAGAACCUAAUUCUGCAUAAAUGUUAUAAUUUCCAAACUUACUCAAUUUAUUCUACACAUAUUUUGAGUGUAUAUUAUUUUACUAUUUAUGUCUAUAUAUAUAUAUUUGCAUUAUUAUCUAUUUGUCUACAAAUAAAUAAAACUAAAAUUGUA